AUGGGCAGCAGCCACAGCAAAGACGAGCGAAGAUCUUCGCGGCAGGAGAAUCCGAGGCGCGUGAGCUCCGGCAGCGCGCGGACUACUCAAUCGUCCCCUCCUCCUGCUCAACAGACGCCGGGUGAUCGGCUCACUACGCAUAUCUAUGCUGCGCGGAAUGCUGGUGCGAGAGGAAGCAGGCCGGACCUGAAUUUCUUGAGCAUCGGACGGGAUCGAGGCGGAAGCGAUGACACACCCCCACCUGAGCGGGUGAGGGAGACGAAGCAGGAGAAGGAGGCUCGGAGGGUGGAGAAGGAGAGGCAGGCGAGGGUAAAGGAGCGGGAGCGGAGUCUGCAGGAGGAGAGUGUGGAUGGGGGGUUCCUGGUCACAUUGGGCACGUAUACUGGACCCGAGGAUUUUAACAAGGGGAUUGUCAGGCAGCUGCAGCUCGAGAGACGAUUGGCGCCUUUCUGGAAGGGCCUCGAUGAUCAUAAUGAUUCUUGGACGGAGGCUCAGCUCGUGGCUGCUGUGAGGGGCCUGCCUAUUCCGGCUGCUGAUGAGGUUCCUGCUGAGCUGCUGCCGCCUUCGCCUAUCGAUCCGAGGAGCUCGGAGACGAAUAUCAAUAAUCUUACGGUGCCGAUAUCCUCGCGGUCACAAUCCUACCAGUCGGAUAUGUCUGGUAAUCUAUCCGCCUCACACCCUGCUUUUUCAAGCUCAGGACCAACAUCACCAACUUUCCCGCCACCAUCAUCUUCCGCGACAUUCCGAGGUCGUGCCAAGACUUUGGCAUCUCUGGCCACAGGCAGUAAGAGUUCGUCUGAUCUGACUCAGCGUGAGAUUCAGCUGCCAAAGGACCCAUAUGUCAAUGGACUUCCGACAGAAGCUUACCUGUACCGCGGAGCCCUGGAAUGUCCCAUCUGCUUCAUGUACUACCCACCCUACCUCAACAAGACUCGAUGUUGUGACCAAGCCAUCUGCUCCGAAUGCUUUGUCCAAAUCAAGCGGCCGGAUCCUCAUCCGCCAGAACACGAACAGCCUGGCGAGCCACGACCUCCGGAGGAAGAAGCGGAGACAUUAGUGUCAGAGAUCGCGUCAUGUCCUUUCUGCGUCACUCCCGAAUUUGGUGUAACAUACGAGGCGCCACCUUUCAGACGAGGCCUGGCUUACGCGAAUCAAGCCAACACACAUCCAUUGAAAAGUCUCAACUCCGCCAUGUCCUCUUCAUCCUCUCUCCAAUCCGGACCAGGACGGCGGCGAGCAACUUCGUUAUCUGCGAGUUCUUCCCAAGUCGUCACUACUGAUAAGGUCAGGCCGGAUUGGGCCAAGAAACUCGCUGAUGCGCGCGCGCAUACGCUACGGAGAUCUGCGGCUGCGACUGCAUUGCAUAAUGCUGCUUAUGUGCUUGGGAAUCAGGGCGAUGGACAGAUUCGGGGUGGGUUGGGGUUUGGGAGGAGGCGGAGGACGUUGUUCGGUGAUAGUCCUGGUGCUAGUGGGAGUGGGACACCUCAGACGGGCGACGGCAGUAGUGAUAUUCUAUCUGCUCGCACCAGCUCCCGCCGCACUCGCGUCGACGACCUCGAAGAGCUGAUGAUGAUGGAAGCUAUCCGGCUCUCUUUAGCAGCCGAAGAAGACCGCAUGCGCAAAGAAGACAAGGAAGCGAAGAAAGAUGAAAAGAAGAAAGCGAAAGAAGAUAAAAAGCUGGCUAAGCAGGACGCGAAACUGGCCAAGCGCCAUCGCAACGGCAGCGGGACGUCACUCUAUCCAUCCAGCACAAACGAGAGCACCAGCUCCUGGGCUGGAACGUCUAUGGUACGAUCGACGAGUAAUCUCGGUAUGCAACCUACUUCUAUCCCCGAAGAGCAUUUCCAUGGUAAAGGUAAAGCGCCAGCCCAGGAUUUCGCGCGUUUCAAUCCCCUUACCGAGCCCUCAUCGACUUUCAACACGGAACUCCGCGACGAGCACCCUAGGCCCUCGGAGUCGCCUUCACCAGGUGCAACUUCCUCCUCAAACCCCACCGAAGCACCCCAACGCCAUCUCGAAGCCUCGCGAGCCACUAUCCUCCCCGCCGCGCCCGCCUCCUCGAGUCCUAUACCCAUGCCCAGCAGUGCUACCUCCCGCGGCACCCACCUAAGACAAUUCAGCAAUACCUCCUCGACCGCUUCCUCCUUUGUCGAUUCCGCUCCUGGAAGUGUUCCGAUCGGAAGUCCGAUGGAUCUGACUCCCGGGAUGGAGGCGGAUGCGGAUGGGACGCCGGUGGCGGGGACGACGCCGAGUGGGAUGGAGCCGAUGUUCAAUUUUCGGUCGUUGGCGGCUAUGAUUGGGGAUGUGGAGGAGGGUGGACAUGGGAAGGGGGAGGGGGAGGGGGAGGGGGAGAAGGGGAGGGGCAGCGAGCAUGUUGAAAUUGCGCCGUCGCACCAGCACGGGACUGCUGGCUUGACGAUUGACCGCGAUGCUGCUGCGGCGACGCAUCCACCACCCCUUGGUCCGGAGAUGAAUUCAAGUCUCCGCGACCUCAGCAACGGCAGGACCCGAGGCGAUAGCGCCGAAUCCUCUUCUUCCUCUUCCGGUGGUGUUCCCCCGCCGGUUUAUGUCGAGCAUAUGAUCCCUCCUACCCCGAAUUUGGAGGUUGAAGAGGGGGACUUGAUCAUGCCGGCGCCGGUGCCUUCGGAGAGGAGGAUGGUUCACGAUGUUGACGCUAAGGAAUUUGGGGGCGUGAGGGUGUUGGAUGGACAGGGGCAUGGACACGGGCACGGCCUUGGGGAGGCGAGGAGGCAUGAGGCGACGCAGUAA